UGUGCCGUCUGUUAUCACUGUGUUUUGAUUGCGUUUACACUGGACUGAAGCAGCUACAAUGGAGCCCAUGCAGCCGGAGCCGUGGACACAACGCAGGUGUGAUAGUUUAGCCUCUGUCCCACAGUUCUGUAACUCCCCGACCAUGAUCGUGAUGGUGGGGCUUCCCGCUCGAGGAAAGACCUAUAUUUCCAAAAAGCUCACGCGAUACCUCAACUGGAUCGGGGUUCCUACAAAAGUGUUUAACGUGGGGCAGUACCGGAGACAAGCGGUGAAGACCUACAAGAACUUUGAAUUCUUUAAACCAGACAAUGAAGAAGCCAUGAGGAUUCGAAAAGCCUGUGCAGCAGCGGCUCUGGCAGACGUCGCAGCCUACUUCUCCAAAGACCAGGGACAAGUCGCUGUUUUUGACGCGACAAACACCACCAGAGAAAGACGAACCAUCAUUUUAAACUUCGCCAAAGAGAGAGGAUACAAGGUAUUCUUCGUAGAAUCGAUUUGUGAAGACCCUGAAAUUAUCGCAGAGAAUAUUAAGCAAGUGAAGUUUGGGAGUCCGGACUACGCCGAUCGUGAGUUUGAAGAGGCCAUGGAGGACUUUGUUCAAAGGAUAGACUGUUACAGAGCCAGCUACAUGCCUAUAGACGACGAGAAAGACAGAAAGCUGUCAUACAUAAAGAUCUUUGACGUGGGGAGCCGGUACUUGGUGAAUCGUGUCCAGGACCACAUCCAGAGCAGAAUCGUGUACUACCUGAUGAACAUCCACGUCACCCCUCGCUCCAUCUACCUGAGCCGACACGGGGAGAGCGAACUCAACCUGCUCGGGAGGAUCGGAGGAGACUCAGGCCUGUCCCCUAGAGGCCAGAAGUAUGCAAAUGCACUGGCGACCUUCAUCAAGAACCAGAACAUCAAGGAGUUAAAGGUUUGGACCAGUCACAUGAAGAGGACGAUUCAGACGGCCGAGACUCUGGGGGUGGCCUACGAGCAGUGGAAGGCCCUCAAUGAGAUCGACGCAGGAGUGUGCGAGGAGAUGACUUAUGAGGAGAUCCAGGAGCAUCACCCUGAGGAGUUUGCUCUGAGAGACCAGGACAAAUAUCGAUACCGAUAUCCCAAAGGAGAGUCGUAUGAAGACCUGGUUCAUCGCCUGGAGCCUGUGAUUAUGGAGCUGGAGCGUCAGGAGAACGUUCUUGUCAUCUGUCAUCAGGCUGUGAUGAGGUGUCUGCUCGCGUACUUCCUCGACAAACCUGGAGAUGAGUUGCCUUAUCUACGAUGCCCUCUCCACACGGUGCUGAAACUGACCCCUAUAGCCUACGGCUGUACAGUGGAGUCCUUUUACCUGAACAUCGAAGCGGUCAACACGCACAGAGAAAGGCCAGGGAAUGUGGAUGUGAACAGAAAUCCAGAGGAGGCUCUUCAGACGGUCCCUGAUCACGUUUGAGUCUGGAGCUAUAAACUAAUGCCGUACUUUGGAACAUCCCAGGCACUCAUUUCAGCAAUAUUAACCACUACAAAACAGAUAAAACUGCAAUAAAAAUGACACUACUACUACUGCUACUUCUACAGUAAACAAGUCUACUGGCUCCCCCUGCUGUCCGCUCUGAGCCCUACACGUCUUCAGCCUUUAGUUCUGUACAUGUCAUUCUAGUGUUUACAAAAUGUGUAAAUAUAGUCAUGGAAAGCUCUUAACCAAAACGAUACCAUUGUUGAUAAUGAAACUGAUGAUGAACUGGUUGCACUAAAAAUAUUAAUAUGUAUAUAAAUGAAGUUAUUGUAAAUGUAAUAUAGGUUUAUGUUUCAAUGUUUGCAGAUAUUGCAUAUUAAAAGUGGUGUUUUUAAGUCGAUUUUGUUUUUAAAAAGUC